AUGGUGGCAGUAGCUAGCGGGGAAGAAGUCAUUGGAAAUGUGGCCUUUAGUGCUGUGUUCCACGAGAACACCAGCGCCCCAGGCGGACAGAUCGUCAAGUAUCCAGUGGUCUAUACAAACCACGGCGACGGUUACAACAGCGAGACGGGAGUCUUUACAGCUUCUCAUAAGGGAGGCCUGUACGUGUUUCACGUCCAUGUACAACCACAGCCGGGUGACGACAUCAGCUUCACACUGUACCACAAUGACAAUCCCAUCGUCACAGCGUCAGGCAAGCAGCAGGGAGACAACGUGGGCACCGGAUCCAACUCGGUGACUCUGCGCCUGAAGAAAAACGACCGAGUUUACAUCAAGGCAGAUUACAAUUCCAGCAUCCGCGGCGACUCCAACAGCUGCUACAAUUCCCUAACUGGAUACCUGAUCGGUCUUCUCACUGCCAGUGAAGUCUAG